AUGGCGGUGAACAGAAUCAGAGGAGCCUUUGCGGUACCCAAGAAAGGAGAAACGUUCGAGCUGAGAGCAGGGCUGGUCUCGCAAUAUGCCUACGAGCGCAAGGAGGCGAUUCAGAAAACCAUCAUGUCCAUGACCUUGGGCAAGGAUGUGUCAGCUCUCUUCCCGGAUGUGCUGAAGAACAUUGCAACGCCAGACCUGGAUCAGAAGAAGCUUGUGUAUCUGUAUUUGAUGAACUAUGCCAAAUCGCAUCCAGACCUCUGUAUUUUGGCGGUCAAUACAUUUGUUCAAGACUCCGAGGACCCAAAUCCUUUAGUUCGAGCUCUGGCAAUAAGGACGAUGGGCUGUAUCAGGGUAGACAAGAUGGUAGACUAUAUGGAGGAACCAUUACGGAAAACACUACGUGACGAGUCGCCAUACGUGCGAAAAACGGCGGCGAUAUGUGUUGCCAAGCUCUUCGACUUAAAUCCUACUAUGUGUAUAGAGAAUGGGUUCCUGGAGACAUUACAAGAGAUGAUUGGGGACUCGAAUCCGAUGGUGGUGGCCAACUCGGUGACUGCGUUGGUGGAGAUCAAUGAAGCAGCUCCAGAAACGAAAGCUCUACGAGUGACACCUGCGAUGCUGAAGAAGAUGCUGAUGGCUCUAAAUGAGUGUACGGAGUGGGGGCGAGUAACGAUCCUGACAACGCUGGCCGACUACAAAGCGCAAGAUGUGAAGGAGUCCGAGCAUAUCUGCGAAAGAGUAUCACCCCAAUUCCAACACGUCAACCCCAGUGUGGUGUUAGCGGCGGUGAAGGUGGUGUUCUUGCACAUGAAACAUAUCAGUCAUGAGCUUUCCAAGCAAUACUUGAAGAAAAUGGCUCCUCCUCUAGUGACUCUCGUCGCAUCAGCUCCAGAAGUCCAAUAUGUUGCUUUAAGGAAUAUUGAUCUGUUGCUCCAAGCCAAGCCAGACAUUCUCAGCAAAGAGCUUCGAGUUUUCUUCUGCAAAUACAAUGAUCCUCCGUACGUCAAGCUACAAAAGCUAGAGAUCAUGGUUCGGAUAGCAAACGACAAGAAUGUGGAUCAACUCUUGGCAGAGCUGAAAGAAUAUGCUUUGGAAGUCGACAUGGAUUUUGUCCGAAGAUCAGUGAAGGCUAUUGGGCAAGUAGCUAUCAAGAUUGAGAGCGCAAGUGAGAAGUGUGUCAAUACUCUCCUUGACCUCAUUGCUACCAAGGUCAACUACGUUGUCCAGGAGGCGAUUGUCGUUAUCAAAGAUAUCUUCCGAAAAUAUCCGGGAUACGAGGGAAUCAUUCCAACCCUUUGCAAGUAUAUCGAUGAGCUGGAUGAGCCAAAUGCAAGAGGAGCUUUGAUCUGGAUUGUCGGCGAGUAUGCUGAGAAGAUCAGCAAUGCCGACGAGAUCCUGUCAAGUUUUGUGGAAGGCUUCAUGGAAGAGUUCACGCAAGUUCAACUGCAAAUACUGACCGCAGUUGUCAAACUGUUCUUGAAGAAACCAGACAACAAUCAAGGCCUGGUACAGAAAGUGUUACAGGCGGCAACAGCUGAUAAUGACAACCCUGAUAUCAGGGAUCGGGCAUACGUCUACUGGCGAUUACUAUCAGGCGAUCUUUCAGUUGCUAAGAACAUCAUCCUUUCUGACAAACCUCCUAUCACUACAACAAUGUCCUCCCUUCCCCCAGUCCUCCUCGACCAACUUCUAAACGAACUCUCAACUCUCGCCUCCGUCUACCACAAACUACCAGAGACAUUCGUCGGUCACGGCCGCUAUGGCGCUGAUGCCAUCCAACACGCCGCAAUCCAAGAGCAAAGGCAAAACGCCGUCGACAACCCCAUCGCCGCAGCAGUUGCCGCCGCUCAAAACGGCGGCACCCAAAACGCCGAAAAUCUCCUCGACAUCGACUUCGAUGGGGCUGCUCCUGCAUCAGCUGACCUUCCUCCAAGCGGUGGUGCGUCUGGCCUUGAAGGUCUAGCAGGCACGCCUCAGAGAGUCGCGAGUCCACCAGCAGGUGCACCGGCAGCAGCUAGUGGCUUGGACGAUAUGAUGGGCUUGUUUGAUAUGAACGGAGGCAGUUCGAGUUCAGGGGCCAUGCAAAACGAUAUGAUGAAUGGGUUUGCAGGGCUGGAUCUGAGUAGUGCGCCGCCUCCGCCUCAAACGCAGUUACAUGGUGGAGCGCUGAAGAAGACCAACGAGGAUUUGCUGGGCAUGUUUUAG